AUGCCUCUGUCUCGGCGUCAGGGCGGAGACCGCGGGCGGGGUGUCGACCGCCCCAGGCAGCGCACGGGGUACCUGGGCGACCUGGGGUGUGACUACAUCGUCCUACCCAACGAUGCAGUCAGCGUAGAGACCCUGGCGGCCAUGCAGCCGCUGGGCGUCCUGGUGUCCCCCGGCCCAGGCCGGCCAGAGGACAGUGGCAUCAGCCUGGACACGGUGGCCUCACUGGGCCGAGCGGGUGUCCCCGUCUUCGGCGUCUGCAUGGGCCACCAGUGCAUCGGCCAGGUUUUUGGCGGCAGCGUGGUGCGCGCCCCCACCGGGGUCAUGCACGGCAAGACCUCGCUGGUGCACCACCGCGGGGAGGGCCUGUUCCGGGGCCUGCCCAACCCCUUCCGCGCCGCGCGCUACCACUCGCUGGUGGUGGACGCCGCCUCGCUGCCGCCCGAGCUGGAGGUCACCGCCUGGUGUGAGGACGGGACGGUGAUGGGGCUGAAGCACCGGGCACUGCCGGGCGUGCAGGGCGUCCAAUUCCACCCGGAGAGCGUCAUCACCGACAACGGCCUGACCAUCGUCCGGAACUUCCUGGACUCGCUGCCGGCCGGUGUCAGGGCCUGA